UGUCUUUGAUUACCGACCUUUUGUUAUUAAUUGGUGCUUGAAGCUGAAAAUACUUGACGGUUAUUCUGUGACUCAGAAAGAAAGUUUAAAAGCUGAGUGGUUAUACAGUCAAGGAAAAGGAAGAGCGUUCCGGCCGGGACAUCACGGUCAACUCGUAGAUUACCUAAGCCACGUUAGCCCAGUAACUAUGGCAUCUGAUACACAAGAAGACGAAAAACUAAAUAAAAUACUGAGUAAGCAAAUGUAUUAUAAAAAUCAGCUGAAGGACGAUAAGGAUGUCAUCGGCGUUACUCGAAUGAGUACAGAAAAAAGCUACAUAAAACCACCUGAGCGUUCCUCAUCACCAUCAAGAUCUAGGAGUUCCUCACCAAAAAAGAAAAGAUCCCCCAAAGAUUCACGUAGUCCCCAUAAAGAUGGUAGUAUUUCAAGCACCAAGACCACUCCAACGAAAGCCUGGGCUUCUACCAAUGCAGGUGAUCAUAACCAGAAUGUUCUGACUAAGCGUUAUCAGUCUAGUGAUGCCAGGGAAUCAAUGCUUGAUUUGGUACUACAAGAUGUUGAUCAAGAUGACCUUGACUGCAGCAGUACUUUGACAAACAGCCUUCUACAGUCUGAGUCUAUCUAUCUCCCGGCUUCAGUUGACGACGAUAACAUGGAUGAAAGACCAACGACGGCACCUCCUUACGCAGGUUACACUAAAACAUUGGCUGAAAUAAUUGGAGCGCAGGAGUAUAAACGACCUGCAGGCUUAGUGAAGCCUCAGUCUGGCAGAAACAGCCCUGUACUUCAUGGCAGCACUGGUCAAAUCAAUCGCAAUGAAAGUGUUAGAACUCCACUCAAUUUGGGAAGCACCACUGUGGGGCGUGGCGAAAGUAAACCAGCUGUGUUAGCUAAUGGAAGAGUUGGACAAGGAAGGUUUCAUCCAUAUGAUGAAAGGCCGAGUAAAGGUGUACCUGUGAAGUUGCCAUCUCCAAAGAGUCCUGAUAAGAACAUUACUUUUAAAGCCCUCAAUGAGCAGCCAAUCAGACCGUUGAAUCGGUCAGACAGUACGCGCAGAAUUGCUGCCAAACUUAUCAUGACACCAAAUCAAGACGCUCCAUCAAAAUCACCACUCUCUCCAUCAACUGAGGAUAGAAAUACACCAGCCAGGAAACGUUCUCCUGCUUUGAAGAGAAGGAAAAUGGCUUGUUCCACAGACAGCGAGCCAGUGGUGCUAAGCAGUAAAAACCACACUAAAGAAGUACAAAGCAUUAAACAGAAAGCUGCGGACAGAAAACAAAAGCUACAUGAGUCCGAAAUGACAGUAUCGAAAGAUGAUCCUGGAGUUAUUGAACUUAGAAGAACUUUCACGAAAGAAUCUCCUAAACGGAGUCGUUCGCUGCGACGCUCAAUGAGAAAGCCCAGUUCAAACUUUGUUAGCCGUGUUGCCAAGAACAAAAAUGUAGACAUUAUAUCCGCAACACGGAUACAGGCUGCAUGGCGAGGUUAUUAUGCACGCAAGUACAAUACCGAAAUUGUGAAAGUUCGUAACACCAUAAGAAACCAUAGAGUAGAAGACCAUAUCAAACAACUCAACGCUGAAUUAAAAAAGACCAAAGAAUUGUACGAGCAAGAGAAAAAGAUGAGAACGCUGCAGAUGGAGGCGAUUAAAUUCCUCUGGGAGCAGGUGCAGGCACUACACCAAUGGAAGGAAAACUUCAACCAAGAGGGCAAACCACAAUCCAAAUCAACAAGAGCAACGACGACGACAGCAUCAGCCAUCCAGCAAACCCUGCAAGAUCCAUCAGCCAAAGAAGCUGAGCUGGAAAAGAAAUGCACUGAACUCCAGCAGCAGGUUGGAGAGUUACAGGAUACAUUAAAAACGGUAACCAGUCAGCUGCAGAGUUCAGGCUAUUCAACAACUCACAGUAGUCUAGAUGCAUCCGAUAAGAAAGCUAUUAUGCAGGUUCCAUUUGCAACCAUGCAAAAAGAGCACCCGGUCAAAUCUGUCCCAGUAUUGCCUACCGCACCACAGAAUCUGACCCUGCAAGUCAAAGUAAACGGUGCCAUCCUCUUGAAGUGGGAACCUUCCGCAGUGCUGGACACAGAUGGAAAGAAUCUGGUGGAUCACAAAGUGACAGGUUACAAGAUAUAUGUCAAUGGUCAUGAAGAAGGCAUUGUGGAAGGGAGCGAUACAUGGGCCAUUAUUGAAGGACUUUCUGUUGGCACACUCUAUAAAUUUAAUAUUAGAGCUGUAUCUGAUGCUGGUGAGUCACCUGAUUCAAAUACUGCAAUCACUACAUUAUCUAUAAUUUCAACACCAUCUGAGAAAACCCAAGAUAAACCAGAUAAGCCAGAUGAAGAUGAUCCAUCACCAAAAAGAAAAAGCAGCAAGGACAGUAGCCCAGGUAGCAGAAAGACAUCCAAAGAUUCAACAUCUUCCAGACGAUCAUCAACAGGGUCUACAAAGUCAAGUGGUAAAUGUCAUGGUCAGAGCACAAAUGAAACUGAUAAGGCUGAAUAUUUGAAAGAUGGCGAUCAGAAGAUCAGAAAAAAUAGCAAAGAUGUGGAAAAAGAGAAGAAUUUGGCAGCAGAGAGAAGGUACAGUUCAGAAGAACCAGUGAAACAGGAUCUUGAUUCAAGCAAUCCAGUGAAUGAUGCUAGACAGAAAGAAGAGAAGGAAUUGGCAAUCGAAAAGAAGAGAAGCAAGGACGAAGCAAUGAAAGAGAAUCUUGAUUCAAGUGAUCCCGUUGAGUCAGUGAAGGAUGCUAGACAGAAAAGAAAGAAGAGCAAAGAAGAUGCAAAAAAAGAGAAGGAAUUGGCAAAAGAGAGGAGGAUAAGUAAGGAAGAAGCAAUGAAAGAGAAUCUUGAUUCAAGUGAUCCGGUUGAGUCAGUGACAGAUGCUAGACAGAAAAGAAAGAAGAGCAAAGAAGAUGUGAGAAAAGACAAAGAAUUGACAACAGAGAGGAGGAGAAGUAAAGAAGAAGCAAUGAAAGAGAAUCUUGAUUCAAGUGAUCCGGUUGAGUCAGUGACAGAUGCUAGACAGAAAAGAAAGAAGAGCAAAGAAGAUGUGAGAAAAGACAAAGAAUUGUCAACAGAGAGAAGGAGAAGUAAAGAAGAAGAAAUAAAACCUAGUCAUGAUUUAUGCGAUUCGAUAUUGAAGAACAGUGAAAGGAAGAGAAAGUCAAGCAGAGAAGACAAGGAAGCAGGAGCAGGAACAGGAAGAAGAAGAAGCAAAGAAGAACGAAAGCACAGCAAAGAGGAGAGUGAUGCACGCAAGGAAAGGAAGAAGAGUACAGAGCAUGCAAAGAAGUUGGAACAGAAAAAAAAGGAUUCGGUGAUAGAAGAAAAGUUAGCAAAAGAGUCAAGCAAUGACGAAGUUGCGAAAGAGGAUUCUCCAAAAAGGAAAGAUAGGAAGAAGAGUAAUGGUGAUGAAGCAAAAAAAAGUAAGAGAAAGAAGAGUAAGGAAGAUACUAAGCAAGCUGAAGAGAAGUUGGACAAGAAAUCUUCUGUAACACCUGAAGUUGCCAUGCCCUCUGAAAAGGAACAGAUGAUUGAAGAUGAUUCCAAGAAAGACAGUUUGCAGGAAACUCCUAUUACCACAAUAACAACAAACAGUUGCGCUGAAAUAUCGGCCCAGGAAAUAAAAGUAUUACAAGCAGAUCUAUGUGCACCAGGAACAGAAGCAGUUGAAUCACCAAGACAAAUAGAUGAACCUCCAGCAGCGAUAGUUAAGACAGAUGCCAGAGAGCCUCUAAGUAUUAAUGUCACACCCAGUAUAAAAGAACGUCCCAGACAUUUGUGUUUGUUAGAUACAAAUGCUCCAGUUAUGAUCAGCACUGUUAUUGAUACUCCAUUCCAUGGUGCUAAACUUUUGAGUCGUUCAAUGUCCCCAGAUUCUAAAAGCUACAAGAAAUCACGCCAUAGAAGUGGAUCCAAAUCUCCCAUUAAAAGCUCACCCAAAAAGCAUCACCACACCAGGGAAUCUGCAUCAGAACCUAGCUCACCAACUGAUCGACUGGCUCCAUAUCACUCCAAUAUCCUGUCUAGUUCAUUGCCAAGUUCUUCAUUGGUGUCUGAUCAAAAUUCAGCUGUGACAAUUGAGAGGAUACCUACCGUUGAUGAUAUGACUAAAGAAAUUGAAUCUGGAGAUUUCGAGGAACCUGUCUCACAAGCUUUUUCUGCACCCAUCAGAAAAAGUGCUGAAAUGAGGAAGAGUUUUACAAGACAGUUAGCAGCAAGUUUUAACGUAUCACUUACUGGAGCUGUUGAUCAAAGUGUUGAGGAUCCUGUUGUCAGAGAUUAUAAAUCAACUAUUUCAUCUCACAUGACAGAAAAGAUGACAGCUGUAGUUGUAUCUUUAAAUGAAUCUCAAGAUGGAAGUGUUUCUUCUAUGGACAAUACACUGCGUACCAGUGAUGAGAUGAGCAGCAUCAAAUCAAUUGAUUUGUUAAUUAGUCAGCAGAAGCAGGAAAGUCCAUCAUCUGCAGAAAAGAUGAAAUCUGAUGAGAUUAUUCAAGAGAACAAAAAUUCUGAUGCUAUUGUUGUUGAUCAUCCAGAGAAGAUGGGCACUGGGGAUUUUUCUUCUGGUAGAGAGGCAGUUGAUGACAAGAAUGAAAGUACCCAGGAACCAGAAGUCCAGAAAUUCACUGUGUUGGAACUGAAUAAAGAACAGGCAAUGGAUACCGAGGAGGACAUUGAUAUUACUCCUUCUAAAAACCUAGCAGUUGAUGUUACAGAUGCUGUUAAGUCUUUUGAAAGCUCAGAAGGAAAAACAGAUGAAGCAGAAGAUUUUGAAGAUGCGCAAGAAUGGGCUCAUGAAACAGGCAACAAUGAUGAUGUGCCAGCAACUGAGAAAAACCACACAGUCAGUCCUGAAAUGCUAUGUGAUGAUGCAGAUGCUGAGAAUGUAAUGAAUCUGGAAGAGAAAGGAUCAGACUCCUCUAUGGAAGAGGUUGCUGCAGAUGAAGAUGGGAACGAUGUCAGAAAAUCAAAGUCGGACUCUCAUUCCUGCAAACCAAGCUAAAUCUUUAUUACCUGACAACCAAUCACAACACAAUCUGCAAUCAGAAAACAAGUUAUUUGUGUCACAUGUCAAAAGUAACCAAUCAGGAAAGUUGCUUAGAAUUUGUAGUCUUGAUGUCCAAUCAGAGACCAGCUUUGAUAGAUUUCUUGCGAACAGGAAUAUGAGCCAAUCAGCAAUCGGGUUGCAUCAAAGUAGUAAUUUAGAUAUACAGGAACUAUUAGACAUGUCCACUCAUGCAGAGGUUGUUAGCCAAUCAGGGCCUUGUUUACUUAGGGGUUCAGGAACUGAGUCACAAAUAACGCAUGAUGGUACUUUCCAGCCAGGUCUGUCCAUGACUUUUCCUGCAUCAUUCAAAGAAAAGAAAAUUGUCCCCUCUAAAAUCCCCAGAAGUGUCUCACUGGAAAAACUGAGUCCACCUAUAUUGACAAAACAGAGUAAAAAACAACCCCAAAUGAAGUCCAGUCAGUCAGAAGACAGGUUUUCAACCACAAAGUUCAAAGUUUCACUUGGAAAAGCGCCAUGGUUUUCCAGUGAAAUGCAAAGCACUAAUACUGCCAUUGAUAAAAUUGAUCCAAAAAUUAGAAAUUAUGAAAAAGCUUCUCUGUAGAGAGAACGAAAAAUAAACCAGUGUCAUUAACCAAUCAAUUGCCUCCUGCCACAGAGCAGGUUGAAUUAACAGCCAAUGAGGGAUCUUCUGACAUCAGCUGCAAAACUGCCAGUUGUAAUUCGCUGUCCAACAUCAGUGUUGUCGACACGAAUCGGAUGCCAGCUCAGCUAGCCAUUCAGUUUUGUUCGAAGAACGCUGCUGUGUUGUCUCGCCAACACAGAGCGUCAAACGGCCAGCAUCGCCUGCCAGUGAAUGUGUUGUUUCUUGUACCCUAUAGUAGUCUUAGUUUUAAUGGCCUAUUCAGUAGUAACGAAGAAGUCAUAAUUUUCAUAAAUGAUUCUGAAUCUAGAAAUUAGUUUUAAAAUUGUAAAAUGUCUGCUAGUUCAUCUUCUCAUUUUCCACAUUUUAAAUUAACAUAGUCGGUUGUAACUAGUAACAAUGAAAACCAAAAAUCCAAUUGUCGAGUAGCAAAAUUUGUUAACAAGAUGAGAUGAAAAAAAUUAUUUUUUAUUUCCCAAUACAUAUAUUUUUUAAAAGAAUAAAAAAAUAAUAAUAGUGGUACUUAUUUUGGGCUGCAAGAUGUUUGGUACCUUAGAGGAUGUUCUAAGUUUAAAUUAACAUUUUAUAAAUUAAAAUGUUUUAUUUAAUUUUAAUUUUAAAGUAUAAUAUUCAACAGCAUCAAAGUCAGAAGAACAAAAAUUGCUUGAUGCUAAUGGAAAUGCUGGUAAUUUAGCUGUACUUAAUUGUGCUGUAAAAUGGAACUGCCUCCAGGGCCUGUUGCAUCAACAAAAUAAAAACAAAUAGAAGUUCAGUUUCUACUUUGGUCACAGAGGGCUCUCUUGUCAAAAGUCUUGCAGCCUAUAAUAACGUACAUUUAGCUUAGUUUAAAUUAAAUUAGUUUUCUCUUAUUUCAUAAACAAAACUGCCUUAUAAUGUUAAACUUUUUAUUUGGACCUUCAAAAAUAAAGAUGUAUAGUUUUCUACAGGCACAUGCACUGUUCUUCUAUCCGUCCACUUUAAAAUAGAAGUGCAUAAGAACACCAAGAUAUACCAUAACAUGGUUUUGUUGAUCAAAUGUGGAUUUGUUUUUUUCCAGUGAAGCCCUUACACCUUAAACUGUCCCACAAACUGAGAUGUCACACCAUUCAAGCCAAUCAGCAGUUACAUUAUGUAACCAGUCGUAUGAAACCCAGUUUGUGAUUGGUUUUGGCAACAUAAAGAGAGGCCUAUAUAAUCGAUCUACCCACUGAAAGCCCAAUUCGCUAUACUGUGAUUACAACCAUCAGUUUGUGUGACAUAGUGAUUUUGUCUAAUUACUGUCAACAAAAAUACUGUAAAGUAUUACAUUUUCAGAUUAGAUAAGGACAAGGACAUGGACAUGGACAUGGAAGUCACUGUGACCUUUUAGGACUACAGUCAAAUUCACUGCUACAACAUUUUACUAAUAUUUGAUGCUUGUAAAUUAAAAUGUUCUGAAGUUAAAUUUUGGCAGACAGAGAAAAAAGGCUUUCUGUAAACUUGUAAAUCCUUCACAAUAUGAAUUUGGACAUUUUAGGUUUUUUAUUGUACUUGACAUACUGCAUGUACAGUAAUAAAAACAUUUAGGUAUAAAAUCUUUGACUACGAUGUUCUACUAAAUAUGGCUUGUAGCCAUUGUAAAAGCUCAUUUCCUGAUUGGUUUACUAGUAUUUAUGCAAUAUAUGUAAUGUUAUUUUUAUUAUUUAAUUUCAAAACAAUCAUUUGUAAGUUUGUAUCCUGAAAGCAUAUAUAAUUGCAGAUACAGGUGCUGU